CCGUCAUGCAAUGCGAGCAAGAAGACCGUCUCUAACCGGCCAUUUUAGGCGGAUCCAAUCGGUUCCUGCAGCCUCGCAGCAUCCGAACGUAAUCCGACGUUCAGGGGGCCCAUCAUGCCCGGGAACUUACAGGAAGGCUUCGGCUGUGUCGUGACCAAUCGGUUCGACCAACUAUUUGAUGAUGAAUCCGACCCUUUCGAGAUUUUGAAAGAGGCCGAGAUCAAGAAAGACAAGAAGGAGAAGGACAACAAGACGGCAGUCUCCAAGCAGCCCCCCAAGAAGGAGUCCCAGAAAGAGAGGAAGGUGCCCGUUACGUCCAGCGACAGUAAACCGGAGUCUCAGGCGCCUGUGACCUUGAGGAAAGAAGGGGUCAGGAGAAUUGGUAGAAAGCCUGAGCAGCAGCAUUCUCAAGGUGAAGGAAAACCUGGUGAGAGGAGACCAGAUAGAAGACCACAACCCCGUGACCGACGUUUUGAUAGACCUGUCGAAGAAAAAGCUGAUGGAGGCGAAUUCUCAUCUGAAAAUCGGCCCCUAGAUCGUGACAGACCACUGCGUGGACGUGGAGGUGGAAGAGGGCGCGGACGAGGUCGUGGUUUGGGAAGGAGUGAUGGUUUUGACUCGCGUGGAAAACGUGAAUUUGACAGACAUAGUGGAAGUGACCGAUCUUUCUCUUCCAGUAGCCUGAAACCAGAGGACAAACGGGGUGGCGGUGGUUCACACAACUGGGGAACUGUGAAGGAUGAACUUGGUGAACUUGAUCAAUCUGCUGUUAGUGAAGAAGUACCUGAAGGAGAUGAGCAACAGGUAGCCGAUUCUGAGAACAAGGAAAAUGAAGUAGAAGAAGUUAAAGAAGAAGGCCCAAAGGAAAUGACUCUGGAUGAGUGGAAAGCCAUGCAAGAUAAAGAACGGGCAAAAGCUGAGUUUAACAUUCGCAAACCUAAUGAGGGCUGUGAUAGUAGUCAGUGGAAAAAGGGAUUCGUUUUACGCAAGCCUAAAACUGAGGAGAAGCGUUUUGAGAAUGAAGAUGUCCAUACUUUGGAAUAUACGGUUUCUGAUGAAUCUGCUCUGGACCAUCACUUCCGCAAACCAGCAAAUGAUAUAACCUCUCAGCUGGAGAUCAAUUUUGGUGAUUUGGGCCGUCCUGGUCGUGGUGGCAGAGGCCGAGGUGGCCGUGGCCGUGGUGGAGCUGGCAGGAGCAUUCGUGGAGUGAGACCAGAUAAGUCAAGCAUCUCUGUUCCAAAUGUCGAUGACCCAGAAGCUUUCCCGGCUCUGGCCUAAAUGGAAGUCGUCAGCCUGGCCUGAAGUCCUCGGGAGGGCCCCCACUCUGUGAGGCUUGCAUGCUGAAGGAACCCUUCUCAACCAUAUUAACAGGAAAAAAGAGAAAAAAAAGACUGUCAUCCAUACCAUUCACACCUAUGAACUGUUCACAAGGAGUUGUUGAAAUGGACUUCUCUUGCUACACAGAAGCAACAAAUAUUGAUAGCUGAUUUUAUAUCCACAAAAAUGGUAGCAGAGGGAAAAUCUGUUUUCAUAAUAAAUUUUCAGAAAUUAUGCAUUCUUCAUGAAUUGAUACUUUUUUUGUAUUGCUGCUUAAAUAUGCAUUUCCUAUCUAAAAAUAUAGGUGUGAAGAGUGUGCAUUAUGAGUCCAAUGAGGUGCUUAUUUCAAUACAUUUAGAAUCCUUUUGCCUUCAACAGAUAUUCACUCCGAGUGCAAUUUGGUAUGGUGUUGAUCCAUAUUUCAACUGGUACAGUUGGUUUGGAGGAAAUACAAGAAUGGAAAAGAUAUGCGUCUCAAGAAUGACAUUUUUCUGGGAAAUCCUUCAUUGCAGCUUGACAAUGCAAUGGUUAGUUUUCCAUAGCCGACCCCACUGUUUGAAUUGUGGUGCAUUCUGAAAGAUUUUGAAAUUAUAGCUAAUGGAACAGAUAGAUGUGAUCAAAAUGUUUACUACCAAAUUGUUUUGCAGAUAAUAACUUUUCCUGUAAAGUCUUAACAGUGGUAAGUGCUGGUAAAUAUCAACAUUAAUUACUGCAGUAUAGAAGAAGGUGGGUAUAAUACUUUACAGAUCUUUGCCACCUCUUUCAAUGAAGAAAUUGCUUCAUUUCACUAUUCCCAUUUUUCUCUUACCACUGAAGUAACUCCUCCGGAUAUUAUCCAGCUGUACUUUGGAAGCUAUUGUAAUGUCUAUACAGCCCUGUUGCACAUAAGAGGUCUUGUUCACUCAUGCCUUCUGAAUCCCUUGGCUUAUUUAGAAAACCUCACUGGACCGUACUUUUUUUUCCAAGAAUGGUGGGAUUCAUGUUCCAAGACCUCUGCUAAGGAGUACUAUUUAGGUACUGCUACAUUAGUAUGUCCAGGCCUUUUUGCUUUGACUUCUAUUUAACAUCUUCUGCCUGUCCUUCAUGGUUGCUGAAAGAAGACUAGCCACACUCUACAGUAGUCUAUGUUGUCCACUAAUUUUUAAGGCACUGAAUCUAUAAUCUCAAUUUGCUGAGCCACCUCAAUGCUGUGUAUUUUUUUUUAGUAUUAUGGCAAGCCCGAAUUACUGGAAAUGGAGAUUUUCAACGAAGUGCUACAUUGGAAACCUAGCUUUUAUUUGGUUUCUAAAGUUCUAAUGUUUCUGAAAUGUUAUCAAAAAAUGAGAUACCAUUGUCAGUUGGUAAAAUACCACAUUUCAUGUUUUUGAUAUUUGCAAAUGCCAAGUUUGAAUAUACACAUCUUAAUAUUGUAUAGGUUUAACAUUGCACUGGUAAGCUUAAAUGGAUGUUGACAGCAAAUUGCUAGUUUUUUAAAAUCCCAAGAACACUUGAGACACAGGUAACGUGUUAAAAGAAGUUAAUGUUUGUCAUUGGGUAGUAGUGAAAGCAUUUGUGAAUUAUGUUACAGUUUGGGUACAGCGGGAAGAUGUUUUGCAUUGCUUAGUAGUUUUUAAUGUCACUUCACAUGGUUGUUGUUUUUUCUGACCUUUGAGUAUUCAGAUGAUGGGAUAGAUACUUCCUGUUCCCUGUCUUGUUUUCUCACAGGAGGUGAGGUGCAAAGUUUUCGUGUUGAUAAAAGUUGUUAGGGUAUAUAUUGGAGAGAAUCUGCAGAUGCUGGAAACCAAAACAACACACAAAAUGCUGGAGAACUCAGCAGGCCAGGCGGCACCUAUGGGGAAUCAAACACAUUGUUGACGUUUUAGGCCAAGCCCUGCCAGUCCUGCUGAAGGGUCUCGGCUUGAAGCGUCGACAGUACUUUUCUCCAUAGAUGCUGCCUUGCCUGCUGAAUUCCUCCAGCAUUUUGUGUGUGUUGUGGGGAAUAUACUGAUCUGAGUUGAUCCACAGUUGGGAAAGUUUUGUUCCUGUUGAUAUUUUGAAAAAUCUAAUUUUACCCUUGCUUAGUGCAUCAAACUGUUCUUUUACAGAACAGUUUGCUUUACAAUGUUACAAUGGAUUUCAUUUUGCAAUAAUCUUAAUAUCCUCAUACACAUUGAUACCUUUGGAGAUUAUCUAGACACCUUAGAAGCAUUAAUAAUCAUGAAAUUCUUCAUUUACCAUUUCCACUUCCAAGAUUUAUCAAUUAGUAUUGAGUCUUACUUAACAGAAUUGCUGUAAGGUAGUCUAAAGAUGGAUUUUUACUGACAUCUACAUCAAAGUUGCAGUUGUAUGUAUUUAGAAUUGCUGUUUGCAAAACUACAGACAUGGACAAAUUGGCUGUAUGGAGUUUAUCCUUAUGAUAAAUAAGGAAUGUUUUCACAAUUAAUAUUUUUAUAUAAUAUCCCAAUACAUGAACUUCACAAUUAAAUGUAUGCUUCUGGGAUGACUUGUGCUUUGGUAUUGAAUGAAUCACAAUAAGUACAGGUUUGGAUGCAGUUCAUUACUUGAAGAUGUAGUCUGAUGUACUACUAAAUUAGGACAAGAAACAUAUUCUCUAUGCCCAGGGUAAGGGAAACUGAUUUGAGAUCCUGUCACCUUGCUUUAAUUAGCUGCAGGUUAAAGGCAGCAUGAUACUUGUAAACCUGUUUUUUAAGUUUAAAAAGAAGUCAAUAGAGAGUACGUACUGUAAAAUAAAAGCAGAAAAUAUCAGAGUUUAAAGCUAUAAUGAAGGGCCAUGAACCUGAGCUUUCCAAGGAUUUAACUGGUUUGCUGAGUAACCCAUGCUCUUUCCUGUUUUUGAAAACUAUAUAUCUGCAUUUAAUGACCCCCCCUUUGCCAUUAAAACGGCAUCAGUUCUCAAUGUACAAUGUUUUGCAAUUUUGGCAGGUUGUUACAAGCAUUUGGAGACUGGCCGUCUCGCUUACGUCUCUCUAGGUAAUCCCAGCCAGCAUAUUGACAUGGCUCUGUAGAGGUCAUACCAUUUGUUGCAGAACUCACUGUUUUCACUGAAGAUACUUUAUAACCUUGGGGUCAUUGUUCUGCUGAUUGAUAAUGCGUAAUUAAUGAGAAACUGCUUGUACUCUUCAGCAAUGAGAAUUCCAUUAAUUCUGACCAGAUCACCAAUUCCACUGGCAGAAAUGCAGUUCCAAAUCUGCAGGGAAUCUCUGUAGUGCUUCACUGUUGUCUGCAGAUUCAUCCAUAUUGCAUUCUCCAGCUGUUGCAUGGACAAACUGCCUCCUGUUUGAGCCAAAAAUGUCAAAGAUUCCAAAGCACUUGCUGCCAAUGUUCAGCACCCCAUUCUUGUGUUUUUGUACAUAGGCAAGUCGCUUGGUUUUGUUUCACUUUGGAGGAAUGGCUUUUUUUGCAACAACUCUUCCAUGAAGACUGCUUUUGACAAAAAUCUGGAUUGUAAAGGGAUUACUUGGGUUUCAGUAGCAUCUUUGAGUUCAGUGCUGGACUUCUGAUUUAAAAGGGACAUCAGUUUGAUGUAUCUCUUGUCUGCUACACUGCGUUUCCAUGGGCAGCCACUGUGUUUCCUGUUUGUAUUUCUUCAGAAGAACUUGGACAGCACAACUUGAAACUCCUGUCUAUUGCAACAGUUUUGCUUGUGAGAGACCUUGCUGAUGCAGGGUGACCACCUUGUGUCUUGUCUAUAUUUACUCUUGCCAUGGUGUAAGAAUUGAUGAUAUGAAGGUUAAAUUCAGUUCUGCCAUACCUUUGUUUUUUGUUUGCCUGUUUUGAUUCCUUUACACUGUUUCUGGUUCAGUUACUUAGUUUGGUUCAUUCAACUCAUGUCAUUGAUCAUUAACACCUGUUUGUUUAAUCCUGCACUGGGCUAUAUAUAUACCUACAGAGUAAUCAAGUUUUUAUUUGAAAUGUCUAUUACUCGAUACUUCAACAAACUACAAUAUUUAAUUUUUUUAAAAUGUUAGUAACAUUAAAAUUCACUGUUUUCUGCUGACACUAAAGCAGAAGGCAUAAAAUAUCAAACAAAACUUAUAUUAAAAAUCUAGGGUGCCUAAGACUUGUGCUGAAGCAUUGCAGUAUUACACAAAACAAAUCCACUUCUUUUCUACUUCAAGAAUAUUAACUACUAUUCUAAGUGGUACCCUGUUUCCAACAUUUCCCUCUCAAUAGAUUUCAUAAUUUUUAAAUACUGAGGGUUUUUAAACUCUUAAUAGGAAUGACAUAUCCUUAAGAGUGCAUCAUUUCACUUCACUAUUUUUCUGUCCCUUUUUCUGUAUUGUGAUUAUCAAUUGUCUUCCUCCACUGCCUCAUUCAGUUUGGAUGCAGUGUUACUGGUCUUGAUUAUUUUGGCAGACUGUAUCACAAAGAUUUUCUCUUGGGAGACUACCUCAUCCACAGUAGAAUUUUGGCUACUCUUUAUACUAAGCAACAACACUUGCUAAAUGUGCCAUUCUCCAGCUUUGUACCACCUUAAACCUACUAUUCAAAAUUAAAUUUGUGCUUAACUUCCUACAGCUAAAUGUGAGACUAAUGCUAAAACAUCUAGAAGAUGACUAUAUUCUAACCAUUAUGUUUCUCUAACUGGGUACCAUCUCUGGGUGAACCAAAGUUCCCAACCUUAUUGUUUGACUGUAUGUUUCUUUGCAAACAUUGCCCAUUUUAUGAAAACUACCUCAACCCAUCUACUGGUGGGCAUCACUUCCUGAUUUUACGCGAUAUUAGCCUGAUUCUCUGUCUUGUGUUAUCUGGCUUAACCUCCCACUGUCAUUACUCUGUUGCUGCGUCUCAAAUUUUAAAUACUUGGUGUUUGGAAAAUUGGAAACAAGGUUAUAAUAUGGAUAUAUUUAUUGCAUAUCAUUGUAUAAAACUUCCAAUGCUUUCUUGGUUCCAACUCCACCAUACAUUCUCUGCUUGGCUUCUGUCCCAGUGGAGUUGUCCUCAGGAUGUUUAUAUUUUCAACAAAACCAUGACUAUCUUGUUUUUUUAAAAAACAGUAUAAUAUGCUAUUCUUUGAUUUUACAAUAUAUCUGAGUUGCUGGUGGGAACCUGGAAUAAUCACAUCUGUGUAUAAAAUAAAACAACUAGAAUUAGCUAUAAGUUUUCAAUCAUGCAUUAGAGGUAAAGCUGCACAAACUAUUUUCAUGUUCUCCUGUCUACCAUUCCUAGUUGGUAAACCUGCUUUUUAGAACUUGGCUGAUUGGCAUUUUUUCAAAUGAGAAAAUCUGCAGAUGCUGGAAAACUGAGAAACACACAAAAUACUGGAGGAACUGAGCAGGCCAGGCAGCAUCUAUGGAAAUAAAUACAGUCGAUGUUUUGGGCAGGAAGGGGUUUGACCUUGAAUGCUGACUGUACUCUUUUCCAUAGAUGCUGUUUGGCUGCUGAGUUUCUCCAGCAUUUUGUGUGUGUGUGUGUUGCUUGGCAUUUUCUAUUGGCUUAUUUGUCUGACUUUGGUAAUCCUUAAUUUUCACCAGCUAGUAUGUUUUCCAGUGGAAUGGAGCCAAGAAGUAGCCAAGAAGGUUUAACUGGACCUUUUGUAUAAUUGCAAUCUACUUGUUUUUGUUUGUCUAUUUUAAUAUUGGCCUUUUAUAUAGGACAUUUGUAUAUACCCUCUAAAAUUGGUGAAUAAUCAAUAUGUAGAGUUCAAUAAAUGCUCAGUUCCCAAUUUCACAUUAUGUAAUGUUAUGUAUGUUGGGUCCAGGGAUGGAUGACCUUGUUUAUCUCCAUUUUAAGCCUCCAUCUACUGUUUUUUUUGCCAUUUCAGUCUUUCUCCCAGAUUUUAAUUAGGAAGUGGUUGCAAAGCACCUGUGCAGAUAUCUGUUUUAGAUAUGUUGGAUUAUGUCAGUGCAUGCAAUGUAUUUGUUACUUUUUGUUCCAGCUUUAUAUUUUAAAGCUGCUUUGUUUAUACCGUGAAGAAAAGCAUGGCGAUUGUACUUAAGAUGUGUAUAUUCUCCACAGUAACACAAUGAAAAGCUUACUGAAAAGCAAUCCUUGCUAAGGAAAGCUGAUUUAAUUUACACUCAAAGGGUUUGAUUUAUUUAGUUAUUUGAAUAUCAUAACUAUGACGACCAAUUACAUUACCAAUUGUUGGAUCAAGUAACUAAAUUUCAGCAUAAAUAAGCAAAUUAUUUUACAAAUUUUUAUUGCAUAUAUUGCAGAAUGAACUAACAAAUGGAUAUCUUAGUGUCCCUUCGUAAUUCUAAAAGUCAGAAUGAUGGACUGACUUAUGUUGGAAAUUCCUAGAAACAUUUGAGUUACCGAGGUAAAUAUAAAUAUUUUGGAAUGUUUUUGCUAGCAGUCCUGUAUUUACAACACAUCCCUUGUCUAGGAUAUAAACAAUCAACAUGGAAAGGCAAAUAGGGGUUUCAUGUAGGUAAGAUCAAGUGGGCAUGACUAGUUCCUCCUGGAAUUGUGGAAUCUUGGCACGACUUCCACGCAAUGUACCUGAUUGGUCCCUUAAUGACAAUAAUGAACAAAUUGGGCUUUUGCAAUAAACUAACGUGUGGUGCUUUCUGCUGCUUGCCCACAAAUUGCCAAAUUAAUUUUCAUGAUUAUUAUCAAGUACCAUAAUUGGAAGUGUACCUUAAAUGAUAAAUACAAAUGUUGGUAAAUUAUUAAAAAUAAACUAGUUUUUAGUGAUAACAUAUUGUUGGAAUUUCAGUGAAGAAUGUAGCCUCUGGCAGGAAGGAGGAGAAAAGGCAAGAUUUGGACUUGAAUCUCAAUUACAGGUGGUUUCAGUCCUGGAAGAAUGCAACAAGGUGAGGUAGGUGAAGGAAAAGGGAAAGAAAUGGAGGCAUCUAAAAAUGUCUUUGUAUUAAAAAACAUUGUUAUUAAACAUGGCCAAUAAUACACUGUACCAAUUAAAACUGACUUGGGGUUACUGUGCCUUGUGGCUCGAAAGCUGAAUUGCAAGAGCAGUGUGAAGGAACGUGAAGCCUAUGAUACUUAGUUUUGGUGGACUGACAUCUCUGACACUUCAAUCAGCAAUAAAAUAAAUCAAACACUGUUAACAGGUCACAAGUUGAUCUUUAGUUUUGAAAUUGCUUUUUUGAAUCUUAGUUCCAUUAUGUGUAGUGACAGUUGUGUAUUGCUUCCUUACUUUGAAAAUACUUUCAAUUGUUGGUCACUAACGGUCAUUAAAUAAAUUAAUGAAAAGUUGUGGCAAAUAAUGACAGCAAAAGGGAUAUAAAUGGAGUGCGUUUGAUUUAAUUGAACUGUAUCAUUGACAUUUCCGGUGAAAUAAAGUUUGACUUUUUCUUGGA